AUGCAGCACCGAACGCGGCCCCGACCCGCUCCGUCCUCCACGGAAGCAUCUCCACCUUCACUCAAGAGACAGGACGCGGCAACACGCAGCGCACAGCUGACCAGCUUGUUUGAUAGGCCCUCAGGUCCGGUUCCCAAGGUUCGGCAGGGCGCCCACCUCGGCAAGGAUUUUGCUGAUGGCCUCACUGGUGAGGGUGUGAAAGGCAUUCUCUCACCAACUCUGCUCUCGCGGCGGCUGCCGCCCUCGACUUCAGCUCCUCUCAGCCAUCCUGCGGGUGGUAUUAGCAGCUCAUCGACUGGUGGGGCGGUUCUUCGAAGUGGCGGGGCGCCUGUUCUUCCCACCAACAGCUGUGGCUUGCCGCACUUCUUCAGUGAGCAGUCACGCGCCGUUCUGUCGGUAGAGAUUACGUCGGCGGAGAUCCAGCGCACGCUGCAGCAGCUGCACCAUGACCUUGACUUCCACGCCAAGAGACGCAUCGAAGCAGGGCGCGACGCCGGCUGCUACUUGGCUUCUGCUCCUCGCUCCCACCCAUCGGCUGACUCGACGUCCGUCACCCUACUGACGGGCGAGGCGACGGAUACGCAGCAGCGUCGCAUGGCCGAGGUGGAUACGCUCUCCGAAGCUGCCAAUAUUCAGCGCGCUCGCGCCGCUGCGGCCGAUGAAGGCGCCUCUGACGACCAGUCCGUCGAGGACUACGGUGUUGACUGCGAGGUGCCACCGCUCACGUCGGACAGCCGCUUGGCAGACGAAGUGGCGGCCAUAGCAGUGUGCUUGGCGAAGAUGAAAGAGUCCGCAGGAGUCAUGUAUGACACCGAGGCCGCUGCUUCGAGCACGUCGGUGGCGCCAUGGUGGUCCUCUGCGUUGGGCAUGCGGGAUAUGAAGGUGUCUGUGGCUCGGCUGGACUACCAUGCCCACAGCGCAUUGAGCUGGUCGCACCGCUCGAGGGAGCAACUGCUCCUGCAAGCGGUCAUGCUCAACAACGCAUCGGCGGCCACACGCGAGCAGCUCUUCCAGCAGCAGAAUCGCUUGCAAGAGUUCCAGGCUCGACUUAGUGAUGGUCAGCAGGCUGCCACGCAGCUGCAAGCGGACAUUGCCCAGUACCAGGCGCGCGUGCAGGCUGAGAUGACGCGUCGUGCUGCCCUGCAGGAGGAGCUGCGCCUCUGCGCGCAGGAGAGGGGCCUUGUUGACUCUGCGGAGCGCAACCCACUGAAGGCGGAGCUGGCACUUCUGCUUGAGGAGCGCGAGUGGCCUUCCCACACGCUCAAGAGAGACGCGAGUGUUGUGCUAGGCUGGCUGCGCUCUGUCUCGACUGCUCUCGAGUAA